GUCUAUGUACGGUACAGUAUUUGCUUAUUUACCAUUUGGUCAGGGCUCCUUCUGCUUGAGCUACUGCAUUAGUGCAGGAAGGCGAUUAGCCUGUGGCUCUGCUGAGGUGUUAGGGAAAGCCCACUUUUCUUUCAUUUUAUUAGAACGUAAAGAUUAAGUCUUUAAAAAAAACAUUGCUGUAUUUUUUGGCCAUUGCAUUGUAUGGCAGAGGCCUCAAGGCACUGCAAUAAAAGCAGCAAUUAGUUGUAUCUUAAAGAUGUUGAUAUUUAUUACUGCUGUCAUGUCAUGUCAACGGCUAAAAAAAGUAAAACAAUCCCAACAAUACUUUUAAUUGUCAGUGUCUCUAGUGUUACCUAGAUUCUCUUUGGGGUUCUGGUCGGGUCAGUCUGCCAGCUACUCAGGCACAGUGAUUCCAUGGUCAUAAAAGCAGGUACUGCCACUUCUCUGGGUAGGUCCCAAGUCCUGUUGUAAAAUGAAGUGAGCAUCUCCAUAAAGCUUGUCAGCAAAGGAGGGAUGAAGGUUCUAGGAGGACAACUUCACUGACUUUGGACUUGAUAAAACACUUCAGACUAACUGCAGCAGAUGGCAUGGCUCCCUAAAUCAUCACUGACUGUACAAACUUCACACUGGAGUCUUGGAGCAGCUUGGAUGCUGUGACUCUCUUCCUCCAGCUUCUGACAUUGUCUCUGGCUCAGGAGUGGCUAAACACAAGUAAUGUGACAGUUGUAGCUCAAGUCCUGGGUGCGUCAGUGUGUGGUGGCUCUUGAGGCUGUCUGCACCUGCAGUGCACACUCCUAAAUCUCCCCCAAACUCUUGAGAGCUGUUCUUCACAUUCCCCUCAAAAUGAUGGAAGUCUCAUAGAAGGACAGGAUGAGUGACCCCUGGCUCUCUGAGCUGGUCUCGGGCCUCUGUCACACACCCGAGGACAAUCCUUUUCCUCUGUGGCAGGAUGGACACGUCAGUCCCUGCUUUAACCAGCUUGUCCUCGGAGCCGUGCCUCAUGCUGGGAUGGCGGUUUUCAGUGCCUGCUAUCUUGGCAUGGCUAGAAGCAACCUCCUUCACACUGAUGCUCCAUGUGGUUGGACAGUCCGACUGGUCUCCGCACUACUGGUUGUGCUGCUCUUUACAACAGAUGCCAUCUUGGCGGGUGUCCUCCAGCAGGGGGACAUGUAUCUGGACAUCUUAGCUGACAGCUGGGCGAUCCUGGCCUGGCUGGUCCACUGUAGUGCCAUAGCAGUGUUCCUGAGGACUAGUUUUAGAAGAACCAGAGGACCUCCUCUGCUGCUUGCUAUGACCCUUCUGUUAGUGCCCAACAUUGUCCUCACCUUGAAGAUCUACUGUAACAGCAAGGAAUAUUUAAGCCUUACAGAACCUCUUAAACUUGCCAGGUUUGUCCUCACCUCGGCCCGGGCGUUCCUGUUACUAGUUUACCUUCUUGCGUUUGCUUGUCCUUGUAUCGGUGAUGCUGAAUACACCUUGCAUAUAAACACUGUGGAUGGAUCCCCACUCCUUCCAGAGAGCACUGAGCCAGACACAGGUGAGAUAGUAGCUGAGGACGGAAGCAGCUGUCUGUCUCGGCUCUUCUACCUGUGGUUGAACCCAUUACUCAGACGAGGUCAGCAAGGGGACCUGGAAAAACCACACCAUGUGUAUCACCUUCCCUGGACACUUCGAACCAGAGUUGUUUGGAGAUACUUCCACCGGUGUUGGGAAGCAUGUCGAAGAGGGGCAGGAAUACAUAACCAGCAGGAUCAGUGGGCCAGACCGGUCAGCAGUGUGAAAGGUUCAGACCAUGAGGAGGGACUGUUGGAACUGGAGGGCGAUGUUGGAUUACUGAGAGUGUUGCACAAGGCAUUUGGGUUGCGGUACUACAUCCUGGGUGUGCUGAAGGUGAUGGUAAACAUGUCUACAUUUGCAGGUCCCUUGCUACUCAGCAGUCUAGUGAACUUUAUUGAGGAAAAGGGUUCCCCUUACAGUAAAGGUGUUCUUUGUGUGCUCGGCCUCUGUGCCUCAACCCUUGUAAGUUCUGUUCUCCGGAACAUCUACGUCUUUCAGAUCUCCAAAAUUUCACUGUCAGCACGUGCCUCACUUGUGUCAGCCAUUUAUGGCAAAGCGCUACAGGUCAGCAGCUGCAGCCUGGCCGGCUUUACGCUGGGAGAGGUGGUGAACCUAAUGAGCACAGACACUGAUCGCGUAGUUAACUUCUUCAACAGUUUCCACGAGCUCUGGAGCCUGCCCUUCUGCUUUUCUGUCACCCUCUACCUGCUCUAUCUCCAGGUAGGGGUAGCUUUCCUUGGAGGACUCUGUGUGGCGCUGGUGCUGGUGCCUUUCAACAAGUUUCUCGCCUCUCGUAUCCUUAGCAACAACAAACACAUGCUGAAGUACAAAGAUAACCGUGUUAAGUUAAUGACAGAGAUCCUCUUUGGCAUACGUGUCAUCAAGUUCUACAACUGGGAGCCUCAUUUUACCCAGAAGGUGGCCAGGUAUCGGGAGCGAGAGCUGUCACACCUCAAGAACCUCAAAUACCUGGAUGCCAUGUGUGUGUACACCUGGGCCGCCCUGCCUGUGGUCAUCUGUGUCCUCACCUUUGUCACAUAUGUGCUGCUCGGAAACCAGCUGACUGCAGCCAAGGUGUUCACCACAGUGGCCCUGGUAGGAAUGUUGAUUGUUCCUCUCAAUGCUUUCCCGUGGGUGCUCAAUGGCAUCCUUGAAGCUAAAGUGUCCCUGGAGCGAAUCCAGCGCUUCUUCAAACUGACCAACCAGGAUCUGCAGGCUUACUAUGCCCUGGUGUCUUCUGAAGACAUCCAUCACACAUCGAUCCUGUUGAGCCAGGGAACGUUUUCCUGGCAGGGGUCUGAUUGCAGGGAAGUAGGAGAAACUGAAAAUGAAGUUGGGAAAGGAAGUCUGCUGCUGCACAGCUUGAAUCUACAUGUAACUAAGGGCUCUCUGGUGGCUGUUGUGGGAAAGGUUGGCUGUGGAAAGAGUUCCUUACUAGCUGCUAUCACUGGAGAACUCAGCAGGCUAAGCGGUGUGCUCUAUGUUGCAAACAGAGAGGCUGGCUUUGGUUUAGCCUCACAGGAACCGUGGAUCCAGCACGCUUCAGUUCGAGACAACAUCCUGUUUGGCAAAGAUUACAGUGCUGCCCUCUACCAAGCGGUGAUUGAGGCCUGUGCGCUCUCAGACGACCUCAGUGUUUUACCAAAUGGAGACAAGACAGAGGUGGGAGAAAACGGAGUGACUCUGAGUGGAGGACAGAAGGCCAGGCUGGCCCUGGCCAGAGCUGUUUACAUGGACAAAGAGAUCUACCUGCUGGAUGACCCACUGGCAGCUGUUGACACAGAUGUGGCUGAGCACCUCAUGAAGAAAUGCAUACUGGAACUCCUCAGAGGGAAGACUAGAAUCCUCUGCACCCACCGAAUAGAAUUUGUGGACAAAGCUGACAUGGUGGUCCUCAUGGACAGUGGAACCAUAAUUAAAACAGGAACACCAGCGGAGAUCCUCCCUUUGAUACAGUCUGAGCUGAAAAUCGGGGAAAAGGACCACAAAGCAGAGCAGAAGGAUGAGGAACAGAAUGAGGACAAGAUAGGUUCUCUCCCUGAUCUCUGUGUGGAUGAUGACCCUGAUCCGUGUGGUGCAGAGCAGAAGCGAGUGGGUGGACUGGCAUGGGGAGUGUAUAAAACCUACUGGUUUGCUGUGGGUGGAAUGCUAGCUGCCUCCAUCUUGAUGUCUCUGCUCCUCAUGCAAGCCUCUAAGAACGUUUCUGAUUGGUGGCUCUCCCAUUGGAUUUCUUCGCUGAAAAACAACAGUUCCAGUUGUACGAACGAUUCCUCUUCAGCUGAUCUUGUUCGUCCUCACAUGCUGCUUUUCUCACCUGGUGGCCUAAUAAGCCCUGUUCCCUCUAUGGAAGCUUUCCUUACCAACACCACCAGCGACGUCAGGUUUUACCUGACUAUCUACAGCUCCAUCGCUGCCUCCAACACAGUGUUCACAGCCCUUCGAGCCUUCCUCUUUGCCUAUGGAGUUGUCUGUGCUGCUUUCUCCAUCCACAACAGACUUCUGGACCGGGUCCUCAAGGCCACUGUGACCUUCUUUGAUAUCACCCCUUUGGGUCGCAUACUCAACCGUUUUUCCUCAGACUUGUACAGUGUGGAUGACAGCCUGCCGUUCAUCCUGAACAUCCUGCUGGCCAACAUUUUCGGCCUGCUCGGCAUGCUGGUGGUGAUAAGCUAUGGUCUGCCAUGGGUGUUGGUGCCGCUCCUCCCACUGGCUCUGCUCUACCACCAGACACAGCACUUCUACAGGCACACCUCUCGGGAGCUAAAACGCCUGUGCAGCUUGACCCUGUCGCCCAUCUACUCUCACUUUUCUGAGACACUUGCUGGGCUGGGAACCAUCAGGGCAAGUUGUAGCACUGCCAGGUUCAGAGAGGAGAACUCCAAACGUCUGGAACAGAACCAACGUUGUCUGUUUGUUAGCAAUGCUGCCAUGCAGUGGCUGGACAUCCGCUUGCAACUGAUUGGUGUUGCUGUGGUGACGGUGCUCGGAGUGAUAGCAGUCAUUCAGCACCAGUAUAGCUUUGUUGAUCCAGGUCUGUUGGGUUUGUCCCUGUCUUAUGCACUGUCCAUCACACAACUGCUGUCUGGCCUCAUAUUCAGCUUCACACAGACUGAAAUGCAGCUGGUGAGUGUGGAGCGAACUGAGGAAUACUCCACUGAAUUGCCAUCUGAACCACAGCAACUCAAUGAACAGCUGCCAGCUGCAUGGCCUGAACAGGGCUCCUUGGAGUUCUGCAAUGUGGUACUGGCCUACAGAGACGGUCUUCCUAACGCCCUGGAUGGAGUGAGCCUGGUGGUGCAACCUGGGGAGAAAAUUGGCAUUGUUGGACGCACAGGCUCUGGCAAGUCCACCAUGUUCCUGGCCCUGUUUCGUAUGGUGGAGCUCAAACAGGGGCAGAUACUCCUGGAUCAACUAGAUAUUAGCACUGUGGGCGUAGCUCAGCUAAGGUCUAGGUUGGCCAUUAUUCCCCAGGACCCCUUCCUGUUCAGUGGGACCAUCAGGGAUAACCUGGACCCUAGUAAGAGACACCUGGACCAGCAGUUGCUAGAUGUGCUGGAUCAAUGCCACCUGAGCACUGUGGUCUGCAGGAUGGGGGGUCUGGAUGCUGAGGUUGGAGAACGAGGAAAAUUCUUCUCUGCAGGACAGAGACAGCUGUUGUGUCUAGCCAGAGCUCUGUUAACCCAGGCCAAGGUUCUAUGUAUUGAUGAAGCCACGGCCAGCGUGGACCAAAAGACGGAUAAACUGCUACAGCAGACAAUUAGACAGACGUUUCAGGACAAGACUGUGCUCACUAUAGCCCACAGGAUCAACACAAUCAUGGACUGUGACCGUGUGCUUGUGAUGCAUGCUGGGAAGGUGGUAGAGUUUGAUACUCCUACUGCUCUCUGUCAGACUGACACCUCAAUCUUCCACAGACUAGUUGGAGGGCGGGGAGAUUAGUGAAUGAAGAGACAAAUGGAUGGAAGGAAAUCUGACACACUAAAAAUCAACUUUUUUACUUUCUGUUGGAUUUUUUUACUGAAAACGUUUUUCUGCAUUUUCCUGUUUCAUGUUACUUUCAGGUUACAGGAUAAUAAUUUUGGAAUUUUAUCUCCAGUUUAUAUUCUUGGUUAAUGUGAGAAUGUUUGUGUUGUAACCUACUUUGCAAUAAAUACAAAAAUAUUUUCCUCUAAGAUUACCAUCUGCCUUCUGCAAAGCUGGGCUGCUUAUACUGGAAUCAAAUGGAGUUGCUUAGACAUUAUUAUAGCAUUCAGGAGCAAAGGGUUACUCAGAUUGUAUGUUUUUAUUCUGACCGGUUGAAGCUUUGUCAAUGCCUCUGACAGAAAUGUCUGAUAUUACACAAAAAGAACAAUUUUCAAAUAUCUAUGCAACGUAUUAACAGAUUCUGAGAACUUAAAGAGUGCCAGUGGUAAACUGGUAAAGAAAAUGGCUGUUUUAAAAUGGUUUAUACCAUCUACUGUUCGUGUACCCAGCAAAUCAACCGGGGGUAAUUAAGAUAGGGUUGUCUUAAACCUUUCUUUUAGUCUACUUCAUGUUUUUAUUCUACAGGCUUGUGUCUGGCUACUAUAAUGGAACUCAGCUUUCCAAAAAAUAUGUGAUUAAUCACAGUGAUGAAUCUUUUAGUAAAUUAAAUCAACAUUUUAAAACUCCA